AUGAAGGAGUUAAGGAAUAAGGGGUUUCGAAAGCUGCAUGUACGUCAUGUAAAUGGACAUCAAGAAACUGGCAUCUACAACAAUGAAAGUCUUCAUAUAUCAGUCUGCCUUGGGGAAGACUAUAACUUGGCUGGCAGACAGCAUGAAAUAACCAGUGAUUUCAAGGUAGAUUCUUAUAUCUGGUGGAACACAGGUUAUGCCGUUACACUUUCCCUGGAAAGAAGUAUGAAAGAUGUUAGGAUUGCUUGUGGAACAAUCACUGUUAAGGGGGCGUUUGGCCACAUUAGUGAGAGGAAAUUCUGCGAAGUUGGUAGGUUAAACGAGAUUACUUUUUUUUUCUUUUUUCUACGUUACUUCGUCCUCCAAAAGAACGUUUCUGAGGUUACCCUUUGUAGUGCAUGUUCAGAAAUCUGGCGUUCUGGCGCUCCUUAAUUGGCUCUCCCCAAUUCUUCCUCACCUAUCAAACGCCUGCCAAGAAGGUUGCCAAUGUCUCAAGUGAGGCCAUGUGGCGGGGCCACCGCUGAUAUGUGAAUUUUACCAAAGUUAUUUUUAGACCAAUUAAAUGCUUGAAAUUAACCGGAAGUUGGUUUCUGGAGAGGUCCACAAACUUUUCUUCAGUUGUGUUGGAAGAGAAUAACGGGAUGUGCUCUUUUGGUGUAUUGCAAUUACAAUAUCUCCAUUGUUUGCUUUGAGGCGGUAGCGCUUUGACUUUGCUUCCCAGGAAUUAAACUUUCUCUAAACAUAUCUCCAAUGAAAUUCACAUGUCCCGGGGAACACCAUAAGAUUCCCUCUCUGUCCGACAAUGUUCUCUUGUUUUACCUGUAAUACAUAAAUAUGGGUAAUUCGGAUGACCCGUUUCCGCUGCUGAUGUCUAACAAGCAUAAGUGAAAUCCUCACAGAUCUUUGCGGCUACGUAAGAAACCUUUUAAAGGUGCAUGGAGACAUUUUUAACACUGUACCGAUUGCACGCGUGCUUGAGAUGCCAGAGGAGUUGAUCAACCAAGUUGUGAUGUCUUGGAGAGGGGAGGACGAACAACUGAAGAUGAUAUUGCAACAAAGGUUGAGGGAGAACUAUAUGGCAGAAGACCUAACUUCACUCAGUAAAGACCUCGAGUGCUGGAAAAAGACAAAGCAAGGUUAGUCUUUAUAAUAGCGCUUGAUCCGGCAUAAAGGAAUUUUGUGAGGCGGCUACAGUUUGGUGGCCACGUAUAUGGUUUCCUUCACGAUCGCAAGAAUCAUGUUGAACCCAUAACCUAGGAGAUGGUCGCAUAAAAAAUGACUAAGACGGAAUCCAUCAGGAAAUUGAGUAAUUUCAAUUUUCAGUGGACAAAAGCCUUCACCUUGUAGCAUAAUAUUUUAACAAUAUCGCAUUCUUUUUUACAUUUCUCAAGGGCUAUAGAUACAAUUAGUUAGCUGUAAUAACACCAAAGACUAUUUCUCAUGAAAGACCGAGAAAAUAAGUGUCAAGUUUCACAAGAAUUGUGAAAACAGAGGUAAAAUUCGGAAACUUCAUGUGCAAGGUGUCAUUUUGUGAAAUUUGGAAUUUAUUUUCUCGGCAUCUCAUAAGAAAUUUUCUUUGGUGUUAUUACAUAUAACUAGUUACAUCUACAGCCCUUAAAAAAUGUGAAAAAGAGUGCGAUAUUGUUUAAAUUAUUCUAGUACAAGGUUUUUGUCCGCUGAAAAUUAAAAUUACUCACUUUCCUGAUGUAUUCCGUCUUAAUUCCAUUUCGUAAUGUCAGUGGAAAGUAAAACAUCCUUAUUAGAAAACGACUUUUACAAGGCUCUGUGGGCGGGGUGACUAAGGAAAGGAUACGUUCUCUUUCCCUUGCCCUUCACCACCCCCUCGUCUGCGAGUCUAAGGAGCAUUCUGGUAGGCUUUUUAAAUCCUUUGGGAAAGAACAGGGUACUCCGAAUUUCGAGUGAGAGGGAUAGUCAAAAGAUUUUGAGGUGGCUUGAAAAUUUUAAUUCCGGCAAUAAGGUCCAGUUCAAACGUCGAACUUUUCAUGUACCGAACUUAAUACCUGUUUGGGUCGACCCAAAUAAUAAAGAUUGACGCUUGAUUCAGACGUCGAGCUUUACAUGUUCCGAACCUAAUUCGUGGAGUAAACAAAUAUUAUUUUUUUCGCUUACAAUAAGAAGUUAAUCGACGAAAGUGGUUUUCAGUGACUCGGAUUCCUUCUAUUUCGAUUCAGUAGGAAUAGUAGACAAAGGUUUAGGAUUUAGCUUUCGAAUUAGUUACCAAGUAUGAAAAUCUUGCGUGUAGCGGGUUUCCUUCUCUAUUGGUCUGUUAUGUUCAGCUAAAUUGUACUUCCAUUGAAACACAACAAUAGAGUACCAGUUUUGUGCGGAAAUAGGCGCUUAAAAGCAAGUUGUAUAAACCGUUUUAUGCUGCCCAGAGUCAGUUUAAAUUCCACAGCAAGAACGCUGCUAAGGGAAGGUCAACGGUCGUCACGCUUCUGUGAGUUUUGUCCGCUCACGGGGUGAAAUAGCAAAUCAUAAGUUAACAUAAUUUAUGCAUUAGGUUCGGCCAGGCACACGAAAAGUUCGACGUUUCAAACGAAGUCGCUCCACAGUCGAAAUUCCCACGUAGACCAGUCCAACGGGGUCUUGGGUCGACCCAAAUUAGAUAUGUCGAACUUAAUUCAGAUUCGAUCGUCGAUAUUUUCAUGUACUUAAUUGAAAGAAUUAGCUUCGGUACAUGAAAAGUUCGACGUUUGAACUGGGUUUAAGUGUGCCCGUGUAUCCCGACCACCUAUUUAUGCGAACAUGAUACACCCAAACUGCUUUAAUACUGAUAAAACGCAUUAUAGAAUGGUUCCCAGGGUUAACCCAACAAUACUUGAAUUCGUCCAAUAAAUGUCCCAAUCGUCAUGCUUAUCGCCCAAAUUUAUUGUCAUUGCAACUUUCUCUUGACCACAUUUUUUAGAGAAGAUAAGAUGACUUCAGAUAGUGUGGAAACUUGUUUUAUGCUCUUGCGUUGCAAUUAAUUAAAAGAUAGGCCCCUUCCACACGUAUCCGUUUUUAUUUGAAAAUGGACAUUUAUUUUCUCUGUUCUCUGAAAAGUCCGCUCCUGCACAGUGAGUUGUUUAUUUUUUAUUUGCCCGUCCGCACGAAAAAGCAAAAGUUACUGGUAUCUGAGUCCAUGACGUCAUCGUUUUCAAAACCUCCGUUUUCCAUUUACAGUGGAACCUUGAUAUAAUGAACCCCUAUUGAACGAAGUCUUCGGUUUAUUACGAACGAUUUUCUUUACCCCAGGAAUAGUAAAAUGUAUGAGAAAGAACCUCAAUAUAACGAAACAUCGUUAUAACGAACUAAUUUUGCUAGCUAGUCCCUUGGCUCUUCGUUAUAUUGAGGUUCCUCUGUACACGGGUAAAGCAGAGCGGCGUUUUCGGAGGACGGGCUCUUAAUGACAAGACAAACUGCAAGAAUUGUGAGAUAUAAAAGCAUCGCUGUACCCUUUUGAAAGUUGACUUUGUGAUUCCAUUAUAUUUUUCACUAUUACUAGGUUCAACUUACAACGUAACACAGCGGGGGCAGAUGCAUGUCAGACACUUGAGAGAAUAUGCAGCUAAGAUCUCGGGCUUGCAACGCGCAGAUGCCAACUUAAUGAAGUAUUUUGCCUGUCAGAUCCAAACUCUUUGCGACACACUGUUAAGGGACUGUUGCAUUGAAUUGGAAACUUCUACAGAUGGUGUGGAAAGAACAGCUUCAUCCAGCAGCUAUGUACACUAUAUGGAAAUUCAUCGACCUGUGCCAAAAGACCUUAAAGAGAAACAUCCAGAGGUGUUCCCUUCACCAGAUGAGUCUGUCAAAGCGUUUUUGGCCAUUGUUCCUAACCUCAUUCAAAUCACCAAAGAAAUAUUCGUUGAGGAGGAGGUUUCACAGGUACAAAAUGGCUUAAGGGGCCUCCCUAAAGAAACAGUAGACCAGUUUAGUUCAAGUAUUCAAAAUCCUGAGCCGAGAAAAAACAAAGUCUUGCAUCUUUUUUAUGACGUAAGCAGAAUUUUGGAGCGGUUGUGUCUGAGAAAUUUGGAACAGCCAUCACAAAAAAUAAAGAAUUGGGGUAGAAACCUGGCAGUACUCAACAUGCUGGAGGCAUUAAAACCCUUUUUCAAACACUGCAAGCAAGACGUGAGGUUACACAAGCGAUUAGAGCUCUUUUCUGGAUGCCUGAGAGACGUUAUAUCUGAUCAGGUUGACCCUACUGAUCAAGUCAUAUUUCGAGAUUUUUGCAACGUUUCACUGAGUCUUGUAAAUUUCGCAAAGUUUGAUCCUUCAAAACUGGUGAAAUUUGAACUCAAUAACUCAGCAAAUGUUGCAAUGACUUUUUACAGUGAGGGUGUUGAAUACGAUAGCUCACUGGACACAUUUUCUCAGAGUUUUCAAUUGAAGAAAAAACCUGGAGAUGAACUACAGCUUUGUGUCGUUGCAUGUGUACACAUCGAUGGACAAAUUAGCAAGAAAGGAGCAUUUCAAUCAGUCAUCGUCAUUAACCCUUCCGGUGAGGAAGUUCUAAAUAGAUGCAUGAUUCAUUUUAUUGACGUAGCUGCAAUAAAGCUGGAAGAGCAAGCAUCGGACUUUCUACAAGUGUGUCUUUGUUCGACAAAGAAGCAGAAACUAUUGGAGGCUCUUGACGACCUCAAGAAAAAGCUAGGUACAGAUUUCGUGGAAACGAGACAAGAAGUAAGCAAGUCCCACCUUCAAAUACGCACUGUCAACACGGUAGAAACGAUUGUAAGCCUCCGUCUGGUUUACAAAUGGGGAUCUGAGGCAGUUUCCCUCGACAGCAAGGACUUCUUUACGUUGGCCGACUCGUCAGCUGGUGGAACAUGCAUACCAGAAGUUCGCCUUGUUGGUAAGAAUAAGUUAUUUGACUGCAUUAUGUCAAUGACUUUACCUAAUGUUUCCGCAUCAUUUAAAAAGAUUUUAUCCGUUUUAAUCAGUUAUUCUUACUAUAACGAUUAUUAUUAA